GGUCAUCUGCGGAGCGCUUCGGGAUCCUCGGGAACCGGCCGCGGUGAGCUCAAGAGGAGGUCUAAGACAUAGAACAAUGGUUAGACACCCUCCUGCAACCAACCUAUAGCUACACAGGAGCUGCGGAUUUGUUCUGUGGUGUGCCUAUGGAGGCGGGAAGCCCUGGGUUGAACAUGAAGCCCCAGGCCCUGCAGCUGGUGCUGGAGGAGCAGGUGCUAUCACUGCAGCAGCAGAUGGCAGAAAACCAGGCUGCAUCCUGGAGGAAGCUGAAGAACUCCCAAGAGGCCCAGAAGAGACAAGCAACCCUUGUGAGGAAGCUGCAGGCCAAGGUUUUACAGUACCGGAGCUGGUGCCAAGACCUGGAGAAGCGGCUAGAAGCCACUGGAGGACUGAUCCCUCAGCGGUGGGAAAGUGUAGAAGAGCCAAACCUGGAACAGCUGCUGAUCCGGCUGGAGGAGGAGCAGCAGAGGUGUGAGAGUCUAGUGGAGGUGAACACGGAGCUUCGGCUGCACAUGGAGAAAGCCGGUGUGGUGAAUAAAGCCCUGCAGGAGGAUGUGGAAAAACUGACAGUGGACUGGAGUCGGGCCCGAGAUGAGUUGAUGAGGAAGGAGAGCCAGUGGAGGAUGGAGCAGGAGUUCUUCAAGGGUUAUUUGAGAGGUGAACAUGGUCGUCUUCUCAAUCUAUGGCGAGAGGUGGUAACCUUCCGACGUCACUUUCUGAAAAUGAAGUCAGCUACUGACAGAGAUCUGACAGAACUAAAGGCUGAACACGCAAGGCUUUCAGGGUCCCUGCUGACCUGCUGUCUGCGCUGGACCCUGAGAGCACAGUCCAGGGAGUCCAGUGGAUCUGGGAGAACAGAUGAGAGUGAGCCAGCCCAGCUGCUGCUGCUCGUCGCUAAAACCCAGGCGCUGGAGAAGGAAGCCCAUGAAAAGAGCCAGGAGUUAAUACAGCUCAAGAGUCAAGGGGAUCUGGAGAAGGCAGAGCUCCAGGAUCGAGUGACGGAACUCUCUGCUCUGCUAACCCAGUCUCAGAAGCAAAAUGAAGAUUAUGAAAAGAUGGUAAAGGCUCUAAGAGAAACAAUGGAGAUUCUGGAGACAAACCAUGCAGAGUUAGUGGAACAUGAGGCAUCUCUCAGUAGGAAUGCUCAAGAAGAAAUGUUGUCUUUGCAGCACGUGAUCAAGAGCAUAACCCAGGCACUGGCCUCAGUGGAAGAAGAGGACACUGUGAGCCAAACCUCAGGUCAUGAGAACUCAUUGCAGUUGGACUGUAAUGGCCUUUCCCAGUUUGAUCUCCAGGACCCAGACAAGGCUCUUACUCUGGUGCAUUCAGUGCUGACUCGGAGACAGCAGGCUGUGCAGGACCUCAGGCAGCAGCUUUCAGGCUGCCAGGAGGCUAUGAGCUUCUUGCAGCAGCAGCACAAUCAGUGGGAGGAAGAGGGCAAAGCCCUGAGGGAAAGGCUACAGAAGCUCACUGGGGAGCGGGAUGCUCUGGCGGGCCAGACUGUGGACCUUCAGGGAGAGGUGGACUCUCUCAGCAAGGAGCGGGAGCUGCUUCAGAAGGCCAGGGGAGACCUGCAGCAGCAACUGGAAGUGUUGGAACAGGAAGCGUGGCGACUGCGCAGGAUGAAUACAGAGCUGCAGCUGCAGGGGGACUCUGCUCAAGGGGAGAAGCUGGAGCAGCAAGAGGAACUGCACCUGGCUAUCCGUGAGAGGGAGCGCCUUCAGGAAAUGCUGGUGGGCCUGGAAGCCAAGCAGUCAGAAUCACUAAGUGAGCUGAUCACUCUUCGAGAAGCCCUGGAGUCAAGUCGCCUCGAAGGAGAGUUACUGAAGCAAGAGCAAGUGGAAGUGGCUGCAGCCUUGGCCAGGGCAGAACAGUCCAUUGUGGAGCUAUCCAGUUCCGAGAACAGCCUGAAGGCAGAGGUAGCUGAUCUUCGAGCUGCAGCUGUCAAGCUUGGGACUUUAAACGAGGCUUUGGCUUUAGAUAAAGUUGGGCUGAACCAGCAACUUCUCCAGUUGGAGCAGGAGAAGCAGUCUAUGUGCAGCAGAAUGGAGGCCGCAGAGCAGUUGAGAAGUGCCCUGCAGGUGGACCUGGCAGAGGCAGAAAGGGGCAGGGAAGCCCUGUGGGAGAAGAAAACUCAUCUGGAGACUCAGCUGCGGAAGGCAGAGGAGACAGGGGCUGAGCUACAGGCAGAACUGAGGGGUGCCCGAGAAGAGAAGGAAGAACUUAAAGAGAAAUUAAGUGAGGCACAUCACCAGCAAGAAACAGCUACAGCUCAACUAGAGCAGCUGCAUCAGGAUGCAGAAAGACAGGAAGAAACACUUGCCAGGGCAGUCCAGGAGAAGGAAGCCCUAGUACGGGAGAGGGCAGCUCUUGAGGUGCGCCUGCAGGCUGUGGAGCGGGACCGACGGGACCUCACUGAACAAGUUCUCGGGCUCAGGUCAGCCAAGGAACAACUGGAGAGCAAUCUGUUUGAGGCCCAACAGCAAAAUUCUGUGAUACAGGUCAUCAAGGGUCAGCUGGAGGUCCAGAUUCAAACUAUUAUUCAAGCCAAGGAAGUAAUUCAAGGGGAAGUGAAAUGCCUGAAGCUGGAACUGGAUGCUGAGAGGACCCGGGGAGAGCAGGAGCGUGAUGUAGUAGCCAGGCAGCUAGCCCAAGCUGAGCAAGAGGGUCAAGCAGCUCUGGAGCGACAGAAGGUGGCCCAUGAAGAGGAGGUGAUCAGGCUCCAAGAGAGAUGGGAGAAAGAGCGCUCCUUGCUGCAGCAGGAGCUGGAUAAGACCCUGGAAACCCUAGAAAGGGAAAGAGCAGAGCUGGGAACGAAGCUGAGAGAGCAGCAGACAGAAACAGAAGCUCUCCGUGCACAGAGGGAAGAGGAACGAAACCAGGCUGACAGCGCUCUGUACCAAAUGCAGCUAGAAACAGAGAAGGAGAGAGUAUCCCUCCUGGAGACGCUGCUCCAGACCCAGAAGGAGUUGGCAGAUGCUAGUCAACAGCUGGAAAGGCUGAGGCAGGACAUGAAGAUUCAGAAGUUAAAGGAGCAGGAGACCACUGGCAUGCUGCAGGCCCAGCUUCGGGGGGCACAGCAGGAGCUGAAGGAUGCAGCCCAGCAGCACAGGGACGACCUUGCUGCCUUCCAGAAGGACAAGAUAGACCUGCAGAAGCGGAUAGAGGACUUAACAUCUCAGCUGGUAAUCCACGAAGACUCCCAGAGACUGGUGAAACAAGAGAUUGAAGAGAAGGUGAAAGAGGCUCAGGAAUAUAGCCGGAUUCAGAAGGAACUGGAGAAAGAGAAAGCCAGCCUGGCUCUGUCACUGGUGGAAAAGGAAAAAAGACUCCUUGUUUUACAAGAAGCUGACUCUGUUCGACAGCAGGAGCUGAGCUCCUUGCGCCAGGACAUACAGGACGCCCAGGAAGGGCAAAGAGAGCUCGGUGUACAGGUGGAACUACUGAGACAGGAGGUGAAGGAAAAGGAGGCUGACUUUGUGGCCCGGGAAACACAGUUGCUGGAGGAGUUGGAGGCCUCACGGGUCGCAGAGCAGCACCUGCGAGCAUCUUUGUGGGCCCAGGAAGCCAAGGCAACCCAGCUGCAGCUGCAGCUGCGCAGCACUGAGAGCCAGCUAGAGGCACUGGUUGCAGAACAGCAGCCAGAGAACCAGGCGCAGGCCCAGCUGGCUAGCCUCUGCUCUGUUCUGCAGCAGGCCCUGGGGUCUGCAUGUGAGAGUCGGCCUGAGCUAAGGGGUGGAGGUGACUCUGCUCCUACCCUAUGGGGUCCUGAUCCAGAUCAGAAUGGAGCUUCAAGACUCUUCAAGAAAGGGUCCCUCCAGACUGCACUGUCAGCCGAGGCCGUGGCACUGGCUCUCCAGAAGCUUCAUCAGGACCUGUGGAAGGCUCAGCAGGCUAGGGAUGACCUAAGGGACCAGGUCCAGAAGCUGGUGCAGCGCCUGACUGACACAGAGACCCAGAAGAGCCAGGUCCACUCAGACCUGCAGGACCUGCAGAAGCAGCUCUCACAGAGCCGGGAAGAGAAAUCCAAGUGGGAAGGGAAACAGAACUCCCUGGAGUCGGAGCUAAGGGACUUGGAAGAAACCGUGGCAUCCUUACAGUGUCGCCUACGGCAGGCAGAACUGCAAAAAAUGGAAGCUCAGAGUGAUCGAGAGUUGCUUCAAGCAUCCAAGGAGAAGCUGUCAGCCCAGGUUGAGCAUCUGCAAGCCUGUGUUGCAGAAGCCCAGGCUCAGGCAAGUGCAGCUGGUGUCCUGGAAGAAGAUCUGCGAACGGCUCGUUCUGCACUCAAACUGAAAAAUGAGGAGAUAGAGAGUGAACGGGAGAGAGCCCAGGCUUUGAAAGAACAGGGUGAGCUGAAGGUGGCUCAGGGAAAAGCUUUGCAGGAGAAUCUAGCCCUGCUGGCACAGACCCUGACUAACAGAGAACGGGAAGUCGAGACAUUGCAGGCUGAGAUUCAGGAACUAGAGAAGCAGCGGGAAAUGCAGAAGGCUGCUCUGGAGCUGCUCUCCCUGGACCUGAAGAAGCGCAGUCGGGAGGUAGACCUGCAACAAGAACAGAUUCAGGAGCUGGAGCAAUGCAGGUCUGUCUUAGAGCACCUGCCCAUGGCCGUCCAAGAGCGAGAGCAGAAACUGAGUGUGCAGCGGGACCAGAUCAGAGAACUGGAGAGUGACCGGGAGGCCCAGAGGAGUGUCUUGGAACACCAGCUUCUGGACCUUGAGCAGAAGGCUCAGGUGAUUGAGUCCCAAAGGGGACAGAUUCAGGAUCUGAAAAAGCAACUGGGGACACUGGAAUGCCUGGCCCUGGAACUGGAGGAAAGCCAUCACAAAGUGGAGGGCCAACAGAAGGUGAUCACAGAAUUGGAGGGCCAGAGGGAAAUGCAGAGGGUGGCUCUAACCCACCUCACACUGGACCUGGAAGAAAGGAGCCAGGAACUGCAGGCACAAAGCAGCCAGCUCCAUGAGCUAGAGAAUCAUAGCACCCGUCUGGCAAAAGAACUGCAAGAGAGGGACCAGGAGGUGACGUCUCAACGCCAGCAGAUUGAGGAGCUGCAAAAGCAGAAGGAACAGCUGACUCAGGACCUGGAGAGGAAAGGCCAGGAGCUGAUGCUGCAGAAGGAAAGGAUUCAGGUUCUGGAAGAUCAGAGGACGCUGCAGACCAAGAUCUUAGAGGAGGACCUAGAACAGAUCAAGCAUUCCUUGAGAGAACGCGGCCAGGAGCUGGCCUCUCAGCGGCCGCCAGUGCAUGAGCGUGCAGACGACGGGAAGAGCCCGAGGAAAGCGCAGCGAGGGAGCCUGGAGCACUUGAAGCUGAUCCUGCGUGAUAAGGAGAAGGAGGUGGAAUGCCAGCAGGAGCGCAUCCAGGAACUGCAGGGGCACAUGGGCCAGCUGGAACAGCAGCUCCAGGGUCUGCACAGGAAGGUGGGUGAGACUAGCCUACUCCUGACCCAUCGAGAGCAGGAGACUGCAACCCUGCAGCAGCACCUCCAGGAAGCCAAGGAACAAGGGGAGCUGAGGGAGCAGGUACUUCAGGGUCAGCUGGAAGAGGCCCAGAGAGCUCUGGCCCAGAAGGACCACGAACUAGAGGCCCUCCGGCAAGAACAACAGCAGACCCGGGGCCAGGAAGAAAGCAUGAAGCAAAAGACAAGUGCUCUACAGGCCGCUCUGGAACAGGCCCAUGUGACACUGAAGGAGCGUCAGGAGGAGCUGGAAGAACACAGGGAACAGGUGCAAAGGCUCCAGGAAGAACUAGUAGUGGAGGGACGGCAGGUACGGGCCCUGGAGGAGGUGUUGGGAGACCUAAGGGCUGAGUCUCGGGAGCAUGAGAAGGCUGUGCUGGCCCUUCAACAACAAUGUGCUGAACAGGCCCAGGAACAUGAGGCAGAAGCCAGGACCCUGCAGGACAGCUGGCUGCAAGCCCAGGCCACACUCACAGAACAAGAACAAGAGCUAGCGGCUCUGCGAGCAGAAAACCAGUAUUGCCGCCAGCAGGAGGAUGCUGCAUUUGGCCAGGCAGAGGCUCUGCAGGAGGCCCUCAGCAAAGCCCAAGCUGCCUUGCAGGAGAAAGAGCAGAGUCUCCUUGAGCAGGCUGAAUUGAGCUGCACCCUGGAGGCCAGCACUGCCACCUUGCAAGCUACCCUGGACACCUGCCAGGCACGUGCUCGGCAGCUGGAGGAGGCCCUGAGGAUUCGAGAAGGUGAGAUCCAGGCCCAGGCUCUCCGACACCAGGAGGUUAUGCAGCACCUCCAGCAGGAACUUUGCCAGAAGGAAGAAGAGCUGAGGCAGCUCCUAGAGAAGGCUAUGGCCCAGAGGAAUCAAGAAGAUGGAAUCCAAGAAGAGGAAACAAGGGGGCUUCUUGAGAGCCUGAAGGAGCUACAGCUGACUGUAGCCCGGAAGGAAGAAGAGAUUUUGAUGCUGAGGGAAGCCCAGCAAAAGCAGAAUCAGGAGGCCUCAUCUCCAAGCCACAGACCCUUCCCAGCUGAGAAGCCAUCUCUACAACUGUCCCCAGCGCAACAGGAGUUGGAGCGACUGCAGAAUGCCCUAAGGCAGACAGAGGCCAGGGAAAUCGAAUGGAGGGAGAAGGCUCAGGACUUGGCUCUGUCCCUGGCCCAAAGCAAGGCCAGCAUCAGCAGUCUGCAGGAGAUAGCCAUGUUCCUACAGGCCUCGGUCCUAGAGCGGGAAUCGGAACAACAAAGACUGCAGGAGGAAUUGGUACUCAGCAGACAGGCUCUGGAAGAGCAGCAGUCACAUGGCCCACACUCAGCCAGCAGAGCAGACCGGGGACCCAAAGCUGGACAGGGCAUACAACCUGAAGAGGUAGUAGAGACUGAGCCUAGGCCUGCAGUGGAGGAGAAGGAACGGCUGACACAGAGGCUUGAACGUCUGCAGCAAGCGGUGGCAGAGUUGGAAGUUGACCGGAGCAAGCUGCAGUGCCACAAUGCACAGCUGCGGACCACCUUGGAGCAGGUGGAGCGAGAACGGAGGAAGCUGAAGAGGGAUUCCAUGCGAGCAUCACGGGCAGGGUCGCUGGAAGCCAGGGAAACUCUGGAUUCAUCCCCUACACAACAGAAUGGGAGAGGAAGUCAGAGGGGUUCCUCGGACAGCAUGCUUGUGGUUGAGCUUCAGAAAGAGGUAGCCCUGCUGCGAGCCCAGCUGGCCUUGGAGCGAAAGCAGAGGCAGGACUACAUUGCACGCUCAGUGCAGACCAGCCGUGAGCUAGCAGGCCUGCAUCACAGCCUGUCUCACUCCCUCCUCACCGUGGCCCAGGCCCCUGAGGCCACUGUUCUGGAGGCUGAGACCCGAAAGCUGGAUGAGUCCCUGAAUCAGAAUCUGACAUCCCCAGGGCCAUUCCUGCUACAUCCCAGUCGGGACACUACUCAAAAUACCCACAGGUAGUGGCCAUAGGCAGGGCAGGACAUGUGCGAGCCAGGUAGUACAAGCAUCAGAUGACUGCAGAGGGGCCACAGCCCCCCCCACCGAGCUACAGAUUUGCCAAAGGCAAGAUUUACCUGUUACAUAACCUGGGAGACCCUAGCCAGCUGACAGUCCCAGGAAGAAAACAAGAACCCUCCAGGCUAGAGAAGGUCCCAGCACACGUGGGAAUGAGGCAAAUUACAUUUGCUUGCUAACCUACUGUUACCCAAGAAGUGCCUUGCCCUGACUACAGGGCAUCUGUUGUCUUUCUGCUGGAUGAAGCAACCACAAUCUACACUAAGCCUAAAGACUCAACGGCGUAUGGGUAUCCUGUCCUGGGCAGGAGCAUUCUGAAGGUAUCAGGUACAGGGAGUGUCCAUGGCCUACUUGUCUUCGGUGUCUCCCUCAGCUUCUCUUCAACAAUAAAUCCUAGGUCUUUGCAUUA